GCCGGGAUGAAGCCGGCCGGCCCCAAGAAGGGAGGCUGCGACUGCAAGCGGUUCCUGGGCAACAACUGGCUGCUGCUCAGCACCAUCCUCGCCGUGGUUCUGGGCAUUGGACUAGGAGUUGCUGUUCGAGAAUAUGGCAAACUCUCCAGUCUCGACAAGUAUUACUUUUCAUUUCCAGGAGAGGUUCUGAUGAGAAUGCUUAAGCUCAUCAUAUUACCAUUAAUUAUAUCAAGCAUGAUAACAGGUGUUGCUGCACUGGAUUCUAGUGUUUCUGGAAAGAUUGGCUUGCGAGCAGUCGUAUACUACUUCUUUACUACAAUUAUAGCUGUAAUCCUAGGGAUCGUACUUGUUGUGACCAUCAAACCAGGAGUGUCCCAAAAUGCUGAAGAAAUUGAUAGAAUGGGAAGCACACCUGAGGUAUCUACGGUGGAUGCCAUGUUAGACUUGAUUAGGAAUAUGUUCCCAGAAAAUCUUGUUCAGGCCUGUUUUCAACAGUAUAAAACCAAACGUGAAGUAAUCAUUACAAGUGAAGCAGACAAAAAUGGCAGUAUUCCUACAGAAAAUCCUGUUACAGCUGUAAUGCCAACAGAGACUUCAGAGAACAAAACAAAGGAAUACAAAGUAGUCGGAAUGUACUCUGAUGGCAUCAAUGUGCUUGGCUUGAUAGUCUUUUGUAUCGUAUUUGGAGUUGUUAUUGGGAAAAUGGGAGAAAAGGGACAAGUACUGGUGGACUUUUUCAAUGCACUGAAUGAGGCCACAAUGAGAAUAGUUCAGAUAAUCAUGUGGUAUAUGCCACUGGGUAUUUUAUUUUUGAUUGCUGGAAAGAUAAUACAAGUUGAAGAUUGGGAGAUCUUUCGCAAACUGGGUCUAUACAUGGCUACUGUCUUAAGCGGACUUGCAAUCCAUUCUGUUGUAAUUCUGCCACUAAUAUACUUAAUAAUAGUCCGGAAGAAUCCUUAUCGAUUUGCCAUGGGGAUGGCUCAAGCACUUUUGACAGCACUCAUGAUCUCCUCCAGUUCAGCAACUUUGCCUGUCACCUUUCGCUGUGCAGAAGAAAAAAACCAUGUUGACAAGAGAAUUACCCGAUUUGUUUUACCAGUUGGAGCUACAAUCAACAUGGACGGUACUGCGCUAUAUGAAGCAGUGGCAGCUAUUUUUAUUGCACAGCUUAAUGACUUAGAACUAGAUAUUGGCAAAAUAGUUACUGUUAGUGUAACAGCUACGGCAGCCAGUGUUGGAGCUGCAGGAGUGCCCCAGGCUGGACUAGUUACUAUGGUGAUUGUGCUGAGUGCAGUAGGACUGCCUGCUGAAGAUGUUACCCUCAUCAUAGCCGUGGACUGGCUUCUGGAUCGAUUCAGAACAAUGGUGAAUGUUCUUGGUGAUGCCUUUGGAACGGGAAUUGUGGAGAAGCUCUCCAAAAACGAACUGGAGCAAAUGGAUGUCACUGCAGAAGUCAACAUAGCGAAUCCUUUUGCCUUGGAAGCUGCAACGCUUGACUGUGACGAAGCAGAGACCAAGAAAUCCUAUGUGAAUGGUGCUUUUGCUAUCGAUAAAUCUGACGCUGUAUCAUUCACCCAGACAUCACAGUUCUGAAGCAGAGAGCCUGACAGAGGAGCAACACUGGAUUAAAGGACCUAGGAGCCCCUCUGCUGCACCAUAUGCUGGGCAACUCAAAGUUCUGACUCCACCUGCUGUU